UUUAUUGAGUGUUGACUGGGUGCCCUGCACUGUCCUAAGCGCUUGGAAAGUACAAUUCAGCAAAAAGAGAGACACCCCCUGCCCUAUAACAGUCUAGAAGCGGGGAGACAGACAGCAAAACAAACAGGCAUCAAGAUAAAUAAGAGGUGACCUCAAUGGAGGAUACAAGUUCAGAGAGCUUCGAGCCUUCCAUGGCUGGGCCCAAAUUCCAAGAUCCGCCCGACACCGGAGCCCAGAAAAACAGGGUGAUGACUCUAGAUGAAUGGCAUAAGAAAUGGGAGGACCACAGCAUUGGAUUUCACCAAGAAGAAGGACAUCGAUUAUUAAAGAAACACUUGAAUACUCUCCUUAACGAUAAGAAUGGGCUCAGGAUAUUUUUUCCUCUUUGUGGAAAAGCGGUCGAAAUGAAGUGGUUUGCUGACAUGGGACACAGCGUAUUUGGAGUGGAAAUCAGCGAGCUUGCCCUGCGGGAGUUUUUCACUGACCAGAACCUUUCUUACACAGAAAAACCCGUGGGAGAAAUUCCUGGAGCCAAAGUUUUUCAGAGCACAUCACUGAACAUCUCGCUCUUCUGCUGCAGCAUUUUUGACUUUCCCAGAACCAACGUUGGUAAAUUCGAUGGCAUUUGGGAUAGAGGAGCGUUAGUUGCUAUUAAUCCGGGUGAUCGAGAACGCUAUGCCAAUUUAAUGUUGCCGCUCAUGGACGCAGGCAGUCGCUACCUCCUGUCGACUCUUACCUACGAUCCAACUCGGCAUGGAGGUCCCCCAUUUUACGUUCCUGACAGCGAAGUGCAGAGUUUGUUUGGCACAGCAUGUAACAUUCAGCGUCUUGAGAAGGUCGAUGCUUUAGAAGACCGACACCGAAAAUGGGGAAUCGAUUAUUUAAUCGAGACUUUGUAUCUAUUUACAGUGAAAUAAAUCAACGAGAAUGGUGUCUGCACAAAACCAAGGCAUCACCAAAAUACUUAGCUGGAUUUUUUUUUGAUUGACAAAUCUGGGUCAUGUUAAUGGAAAAUGUGAGUACUUUAAAAAUGAUAAUCUUCCAAAAUAAAUUACCUAUCAAUAGUA